AUGGGAAGAGCAACGGCAGCGGACGUGGUGCGCGCGGACCAGGAGGUCCCCGCGCUGUUCAAUGCCGUGCAGCGCAGCGCAGCUGCCACCGAUCGGAACAUUACGCUCGCACACACGCGCGCGCACCUGCAGAAGUCGCCGCCCGCCGAGCGCUGCAUUCGCUUCCUCGCGGCGAUCUCCGCCGCCGCGCCGCCGACCGAGGCUGGGGAGGCGUUCGUGGAGGCCCUCCUAUACAAGCUGGCCAGCCACCUCGACGCCGCGGACAAGGUCGUCCGCCUCCGCGCGGCGCACGCGCUCGCGCUGUCGCUGCACGCGCUGCCCCCAGACGCCUGCGUCGACGAGGCGCUCGCGCAGCGGCUCGCGGACGCGCUGCGGCUGCGGCUGCGGGAUCGCGCGGCGGACGUGCGGCGGUGCGCGGCGCGCGCGCUCGGGCGGCUGCCGGCGGCGGACGAGGACGGGGGAUACUCCGAGGACCCUGCCACAUGCGCGCUGGUGGAGCGGCUGGGGCAGGAGAAGAACAAAGACGUCCGCGCGGCCAUCCUGCAGGCCCUGCCGCUCGCCGCGGGGACGCUACCGGUGCUGCUGGAGCGGCUGAGGGACGUCGCGCCGGCGGUGCGGCGGGCGGCCGUGGCGCGGCUGGGAGCGGUGCCGCCCACGAUGCUCAGCAUCAAGCAGCGCGCCCGCCUGCUGGCCGCCGGGCUCAGGGACAGGGACGCUUCGGUCAAGGCGGCAGCCGAGGCGGCCGUCGCCGGCUGGCUGGCGGGGCCGUGCGGGGGCGACGCGCUGGCACUGCUGGAGUUGCUGGAUGUGGAGACGUACCCUGAUGAGGCCACCCUGGCACUUGAUGCGCUGCUCGCCGCCGGCGCCCUCGACGCGGCGGCGCUGGCCAAGUCAGCGGCCGCGCGCGGCGGCGGGCUGCGGGGCGCCGCCGCGGCGGCGGCGGAGGCGGCUGCGGGCGGAGGGGAGGGCUGCUUGGCGGAGCUCAUGCAGCCGGCGGAGGCGCUGAUGUGGCGCUGCGCCUGUGAGCGGCUGCAGCAGGAAGCGGUCGGCGAGGGCCUGGCCGCGGCCGCCACCACCGGCGCGAGCGCGGCGGUCCGCGCCGCCGCGGCGUCGCAGCGCCACGAGGCCCUUGAGUCUCUACUCCCGGAGUCCGCCGCCUCCAUGGCGGCCCUCCUGCUGUCCCACGCCGCCGCCGGCCCGCGCGCCCGCUUCGCCGCGACCCAGCUCGCGCACAUUGCCGCCACCUGCCUGGACUGGGCUGAUGCGUCAAGCCGCAGGGCGGCUGCGGAGGCCCUGCAAACCAUCAUCGCCCAGGAUCCCAGUGCCGAGGAGGGCGCCGAUGAGGACGACAGCAGCGGCGGCGACGAGGAUCCAGAUGGCGAGGGCGGCCCGGCGGGGGGCGGCAGCGUGCCGCUGUUUGGCAACGGAGGGAACGGGUGCUACGAGGAGGCCCUCGCGGCUCUCGCGGCCGCGGUGCACGCGGGCGGCCAGCGGGAGCUGUGCGGGCGCCUCCUCGCCGGCGCCGGCGCGCUUGCGGCACGGGCGGGCCUGCUGAGAGGCGGCAGCGGCGGCGACGAUGCGGAUCCGACUGCUGCUGCGCCGUGCCAGUGGCUGCAGGUGCUGCAAUAUGCCUCGCUCGCGCUCCGCGCGCUGCCCGCGCGCCGCGCCGCGGCAGGCGGCGGCGGCGCGUGGGACGUCGCUGAAGGGCCGCUGACGCUGCAGCAGUUGUGGGACCGCCUGCUGCUGCCCGCAGCAACGCACGAAUCCGCGCCCGUCCGCGCCAAGGCGCUCGAGUGCGUGUCGCUCCACUGCCUGACCGGCGCCCGCCCCGCGCCGGCGGCGCUGCCGGCGGCGGCGCUGCUGCUGCGGCGGGCGCUGGCUGGGCCGGAGGCGCCGGAGGUCGCGGCCUCGGCGGCGCGGGGGCUGGCGGACGUGUUUUUGGUACUCGGGCCGGUGGCGGUCGAGUCGGUCCUGCUGGCCGCGCCGGGGGCCGACGCUUCGGGCAGCGGAGGCGAGGCUGGCAGUGAGGGCGCCCCGGCGGGCGGGGGCGGGGCCGCCGACGGCCGUGGUGUGCUGCAGCUGCUGACGGCGGCGGCGACGCGCGCGCUCGGCGCGGGCGGGCGCGGCGCGGGCGGCAGCUUCCCGACACCCACGUCAUUCAUGCAUGCCCACAACCUUGGCUCGACUCGUGCCUGUCAGAUCACGCCCCAGCCAUAG